GAGGGGCCGGGCUGUUACUGUACUUUGGGCGCCCAGGCCGGCAGGCGCGCUUCGCAGUCUCCUGUCAGCGGCAAGCGCUGCCGAUUAGGGCGACCCUGGGGCGGCAGCCACCGCCUCGUGCGACGCGGCGUGGCCCUCCGGCUGCCGUCCCGGGCGGCGGGAGUUGGCGGCGGGAUGUGCUCGGCCGGGGAACUGCUGCGGGGCGGCGGCAGCGGGGAGCGCGACGAGGACGGGGACGCGCUGGCGGAGCGGGCGGCGGCUGGGACGGAGCGGGAGCCCGGAGCGAGCCCGCGGCGGCGCGGGCGGCAGCCCCAGGAGGAGAGCGAGCAGGAUAUUGAAGAAUCACAAAACCACACUGGUGAUUCUGUUGGAGAUGACUACAAAAAGAUGGGAACACUUUUUGGUGAAUUGAACAAAAGCCUCCUCAACAUGGGCUUCACAAGGAUGUAUUUUGGAGAACGAAUUGUGGAACCAGUAAUAGUCAUUUUCUUUUGGCUUAUGCUGUGGUUCCUUGGCCUACAAGCCCUUGGACUAGUUGCUGUUCUUUGCCUUGUCAUUAUUUAUGUGCAGCAGUAAAACUUGGCCAAAUGAAUUGUUAGUGACAUUUUGGUAGCCAUGUAUGUAAUUGAUGAAGUUAUACAUUUGGAAGCCAAAAAGGUUUGGCUUGUUCAGGUUGUGUGCUGGCUGUUUUGUAAUUAAAUCUGUAAGUAUGUUGUUUAAAGCUAACCUCAACUCUUGAUUUUAACAAGGUUAAAUAUAUAUUUUGAAUAUAAAUUAGCUUAUUCAAAACUCUUUUUUCAUGACUGUGAUCUGUUCCCAUAUUUAGACACCUCUAGCCCCAUGCCAAAUUUUAAAUAACACCACCAGUGAGCAGGGAAAAUAACAGGAUAUGGAGUUCAAAUCAAGCAAUAUAGUUACUAUAAAGAGUUCCAAUAAAACAUUUAAAGGAAAAAGGAAUAAACAAGCUAAAUAUAAGUUUUAAUUGGAAAACUGCUUUACCCCCACCUCUAUCAAAUAAUCUCAUAUUGGGAAUUAGUUGUAUUUCUAUUGUCCCUGGUUGGCCCAAACCAAGUAAAUGAUAGGUAUCCUACACUACCUGAAUAUUGUGAUGAAAAUGCAUAAAGCUAGCACAUUUUCUGAAAACUAAAAAGUAUAUGUUUAUUGUUCCUGGGGAAAGUCCUCAGUAUAAAUAGAAGUUUUUUAUAAUGCAACAGUUGCGCCUGGAAUUUCUCCAGUAUAUCAUUUGAAGUUUUAGACUAUUUUGGUGCUAAUUACUUUUUGUGAGUUUUUUUAAGUGUUUCACAAACCAGGCCUAUAGUUGGCUAUACCCUAUGGUAAAGCAUAUUUUCUUGUAUAUAACAACAAGUUGCAUAUUUUUCCUAGAGAGACAUUUUCAGUGCAUUUUUUUCAAUAAUUUAUAAUUUUAUAGUUCUUUUAUAAUAAUUAUUCUAAGAUUUAAAACAAUGUGUUUCCUAACUUGGCAUGAAUUUUCUCCCCCAGAAGAUGGUUCUAUAUUUUACUAUUGUUCUAAGAAAAAAAGUCGGAUCAAUUUUCCUUGAUGUCUAUAUUAGAAAGUAUCAUAUUAAAAUCAGAUGCUUAAAUUGGGAAAUUAACAACCAAUUCUAAUAUUCUUACAAGGCUAAAGCCACGUCAGUACUUGGCUACCCAUGUUAUUAGUGUGUCUUAAUUCAGCACUGUGGGGUGUGAUAUUUAAAUAAGCAUUUCUUUAAGUACAUUUUGGAAGUGGAAAUGACUGAUGGUAUUUUGGAUUUUGUUAGAGAACCUAAAAUACUUUCCUAGAAUCUAAUAUGCUUUCAUCUCAAAGACUAUUUGAACAAGGGAGAGGUAGUUAAGAUAAUUAUUUAGGAAUUCCAGUUAAGAAGGAAAACAGGACUUGGGGACAUUUUUAUCUUUGGUAGGGCAAUAACUAAAGCAUGUAGAGUGUUUAAUAUUCCAUUUUGUAAAGUUUUUACCCAAUCCAGUUUUUAAAACGAUUCUGUGAAUUCUCAGUGUCUUCCAUUCUGAAACAGAAAAUAAUGAAAAACAUUUAACUUAGAUUUCUUAAGUCAGAUAAUACUAAACAAAAAUACCUGUCAGGGGCACUAAAGUGUAUUGUACAUUUGUAUAAAUACAGGCCUUUUAAAACUGACUUUUAAAAAACAGAAGACUUUGUAUAUUUCAUUGUGUUUUUAUUGGGUUUGCAAUAUUUUUAUAGUAACCUUUAUGAACUCAGUGUAAGUGCAAGUUGUUUGAAAAGGUGUUUUCAUUUGUGUACAGUAGAAUUGUAAGAUUUUCUAAUAAAAGGUAGGGGAUUUUGUAUAUCUGCAUAAAAUAUUAAUAAGUAAUCUUUUCUAAUAUUACCAGGGAUUUUAAUUUCUGUUUAGAAUACAAAAAGACAUAGUCUACAUAAUAACAGAUAUGGUUCCACCAGUACCUACUGUUGAAAAUAUAUAAAAGGAAGUUCUAAUAGUUAUUAUUUAGUAUACUGUCAAUACUAUGCAUCUGCAUACUGGUGUUAAUAGGGUAUUAUUAAAUUAUAUAAAGAAAUAAGGACUAUUUUGCUGCUCUUCUUUCUUCAUAUGUUAUUGGUUAGGGUAGUAUGCCAUCAAGUCUUUUGGUUUGAUAUGGGAAAAAAACUACUUAUUUGAUGGAGAUAAAAUAUUUUCUUUUGUGAAAUAUUAGAAUGUAGAUUGUGCUGAUAUCCUAAAAUGAAACUGGUAAAAUUUCUUUGGUUCAUGGUAUAAAAAAGUAGAUUGAAAAUUAUUCUCAGUGAUUUCAAUGGCAAAUAUAAGGCAUUUAUAGAAACUUUUAUUGCUUAUGAAUAAAGAAAUAGAAGUUACAAUGCUAAGGCCAUUAGAUUAUUAAUGUAUACAUCACUAUACUGUCAGACCUCAAUUCAAAGAAAAGGUCAAAAUCCACAAAUAACUAUGACUAUAUACAAGAGUAAAGCAAUUAUCCUUAAAGUAAGAGAUUAAUAUUUUGUAGAAUUCAGUCCUUUCAUAUCGUGCUGUAUUAUACAAGGUAUUUCCUGUAUCUGUUCACCAGUUACAUCAUUCUUAGUCCAGGUGUGUGCUGGAGCCAGCUUGUACUAGCUUGCAGGAGCAAAGUGUAUAUUUUUUCUUUUCUGCCUUCAAUGACAUCAAGUUGGUAGCUUAAAUUGGCUGUGGUGGGAGUAUUUAUAUCAUAAAAAUUGGCAAACACUACAAAUCAAGGCUUUUUUCUUCUGAGAAGUCAGUUGUUAAAAAUACAUCAGCAUACCACUGAUUAGUCACCCUUGGAGGCCAUAUUCCCAUUUCCUCUCCUUCACACAAGAAAGGAAAGAAAAAAGAUAUGUUUUAUGAAACAAAAGAGAGUGCAUAGGUAAAGCCCCAAUGACCCAUCCAAAACUGUAUCUAGAUCUUUCCCAUGUGAGGAUUAGGGGCCAUAGUUAUCUUCUGAAACACAUUUCUAUUAAUCACAUUUCAAUCAGAGAAUAUCUGGGUUGUCACUGCAAAUCCAUGAAAGACUAUCCAGGCAAUCAGAAAAAGAUAAGCUACAGAACAGUUGGAGCACAAACCACGGAGUAAGUAAAGUUCUGUUGUGAUAUAAAUUCAAAAUAGAACUAGGCAUUGAUCAAUCAAGGGAUGUUUGGUGCAUAGGUUAUAUUUUAAGUUAAUUUACAAAUCUUUAUUUCAGGUUAUUUAAAAUUAUUUCAUUAUUGGUUUACGUCUUUACAAGGUAAAGGAAGAAGGGAAAAAAAGUCAAGUAAAACUUUCAUACCUGUUAGAACCUCUAGUAAUAAAUUUAGCCAAGAGGAAUAUAAGCUAAUUUAUAAAUUAAGGCUUCAGAAUUAUUGGUGGAUAUGGGGUCUUUCAUAACUCCUAUUUUUAUGGGCAUAUUUAUAUGCCCAACACUUAAUUUUUGGUGUUCCUGGGGGGUCAGUCAACAGCCUUCUCUCUCUCUCAUCACUCCACACAUCACCUAGAACAAUGUCACCACUCCCAUGAUUUCAGUUGCCAUUUACAUACUAACAAUUCUUGAUCUGUAUCUCUAAUUCAGAGCAUUGGACAGAAUUUAAAAAUUCAUCUAUUCAAUUGUUUGCCCAAUAUUUGCACCUGGUUAUCCCAUAAUAUCUGAAAUUAAGCAUGUCCAAACAAGGAGCUCAGCAUCCUUCUAAAUCUUUUCUGCUUAUGAUUCCUUUCUCAGCAAAUGGCAUAUUCCUCUCCUCCGUGUUCAGAUAGGAAUUAUAGCUGGCAUUUAACUCCUGUUUCUUCUACACUCCCCACAUAUUACCAAGUCUUCUCUACUUUAUUUCUAAAAAAUGAUUUAACCUUUCUAUAUCAUUCCCAGCAUCACUAUCCUCAUCCAUACCACCAGCAUCUUACCUGGAAUGCUAUUUUAGAAUCCGAAUUGGGCUUCCUGCCUUCAUUUUCCAUUGUAUAAUUACAGUAAUAUUUCUAAAAUAUAACUUAUCUUCUUAAUCUAAAUGUUUUAAUGGCAUCUUGUUGCCAUUAUGAUAAACUUCUUAUUCAUUAAUUUAUUUUACAGACCCUUCAUGAAAUGUUUAUUUUUUGAAAGAGACAUGCUUUCUUACUUCCCAAUUUUUGUACAUACUUUACCUUCUAUCUUUAACCUCUCCUCACCAGACUGACCUACACCUGCACAGCCUCAACUUGGACAUCAUGUCCUCCAGGAAAAUUCCGACUCCUUAAAUCUAGUUUUAGUUUCUCUCUAUGCAUUUGCUUCCUCAUUAUGCAGAAUCCAGUACUUCCUCCAUUAGGCAAUAGGCUUCAUGAGGGCAGAGAACACAUCUGUCAUGUCCUUAAUUACAUUGUGAGUGCCCAGCACAACACUUGGCAUAUAAAAUGUGCUCAAAAUAUUUGUCAAAUAAAUAAACCAACUUUGUUCACCCAUGUUUUCAUGUUCUUCCCAUUGUCCAUUAUAACAAAGAAGAUCUAUAGUUGGUUGUACUUUAGAGUUCUUUGACUCCAAAAUAUAGUUUUUGUGCAUAGAGUGGUCUGAUGUAUACAUUAUAAUGUUUUAAAGUUUAUUCACUUUUGACGGAAGAAUAUUACUAUUUGCAUACUAUACACUUGCAUUUUUUAGGAGAAAACAUAUUGUCAUUGUUGGACUAGGUCAAGUUACUAUUUCUCAGAAAGAGUGUUUUACAAUACAUGUGAUCACUGAUGCUACUACAAUUUCUAUUUUUGCAGUAUUUUUCAGUAGACCUUUAUCUACUAAAUUUUAAUUAAAAAAAAAAAAACUCUUAAGCUGUAAGCAGGGAUUCUUAAGUAUUUAAACUUGGUAUUUUAGGUUCCAGAAUACACUGUUACACUAUAGCCUAAUAGCCCAGACCAUAUAUGUUAAAUAACAUAUAUAUAAAGUACUUUGUUAUUCUUCCUAAUAAAUAAGACUCUUUUACAAGCCUGCA